ACAAAACUUAGGACGUCAUCAGUCCAUGGUGCAUGAGGUGAGGUGCAAACCCAGCACUGGCCGGACCCAGCAAGCAAAGCACAGGGCAGUCUCGGUCGCUUUCCACAUCAUCCACACCCAGCAGUGACCUUUCUCCGGAACCCGUCCAGCCGUGGAUAAUAAUCAUCUACAACACCUUGUACUCAGUUGCGACAUGCGAUAACCCACGAACCGACGAUAUUCUCUUCCUCUGUUCAAGUCGAACCGAAUUACAGUUUUUUCUUCUUUUCUUUUCUUCUUCCAUAUCUGUGAUACCCCCUGAGCUGUGAGAGAGGUAGAGGAAAAGAGUAAGAGAGAGCGAGAGAGCGCGUGGAGAGAGAAAGAGAAGAAGGAAGCUUUUUCCGAGGAUGGAUCAGACAACAACAACAACCGCAUCGGCCUCGGCCACCGAGAACACGCCUCUACUACCAACGACAGAACUCCGCCCCAAGUCAUCGCGAACCGUCACGUUCAACCCGAACCCCGUAUCCAAGACCAUCGAGCCAGAGCCCAAUUUUCAACGAUCAAAAUCAAGCCACGGCAACAGCCUGGCGACGAGCCCUGGUCAGAGCUCAGCCCUGUCCUCCAUCAACAGCAAGUUGCGCAGGAGAAACAGCCAUGGCGCCGUGCAGAGCCUGCCGCCGCAGAUGGUGCCCAAGAUCGGUCCCCAGCGGAGCACCAAGAACGCGCAGAAGCUAAAGCUCCUGCCCAACCCCGAGCUCAACGAAGAAAGCCCCGACGAGGAGAGCGGGAGGGACGUGUACUCGCAGUACACCAGGAUCAAGGACCCCACGGCGCGUAGGGAUGCCGCCCGGCUGGGCAAGGCGGACCGCGACAGGCUGCCCAGGGUGACGGCGUACUGCACGGCGAACAAGUACCAGAUGGAAGGGCUCAUGCGCUUCCUCAAGGGCCGCGGCAAGUCGAGGGGCGCCAACCCCAAGCUCAUUGACGAGUGCAUCUACACGGCGUACGACUAUAGCAAGACGGUCGAGAAUAGGCACGAUCGUAGAGUUGGCGCGCAGCCCGACCCGGUACAGGCGUACGAGAGGCGGCACUCGACGGGCGACGUCUCGGACAACGGCUUUGCUCGGGACAACCUCAUCGACCUUCAGUCCGAGGGCCGGCACGACUCUGGUUUCGCCGACGGGUUCGAGGGCGCCAACAACGAGCACGCGAUGGUCGAGACCAAUCCUGACUUUGACACGCAAAUCCACACUCCGGAGGUCUUCCUCUUUGACUACGGAGUGGUUGUGAUAUGGGGCAUGACUCUGGCCCAAGAGCAGAGGUUCCUCAAGGAGCUUGCCAAGUUCGAGACGGAGAAGCUGUCGCCAGAUGAUGUCGAGACGGAGCACUUCAACUUUUACUACACAAAGGAGUAUCAGGCCCGUAUCUACAAUGACUUCAUCACCCUAAGGGACAAGAGAAACUACAUGACCAAGCUGGCCAUUUCUCACGCCCUAGCACAGAGCGUCAAGACAUCGCUGUUCGAGGAACUGAUUGCUUCAACCGUCGACACAUGUAAAGACAUCCCCACGCAGAUCGCGCUGACGGGCAAGAUCGCCCUCAGCCGCACGCAAAUCAACAUGCAGAUCGGCGAGCUCUUCAUCCUCCGCAUCAAUAUCCAUCUCAACGGCUCCGUCCUCGACACGCCGGAGCUGUUCUGGGUCGAGCCGCAAUUGGAGCCCGUGUAUCAGGCUGUCCGAACCUACCUCGAGAUGGACCAGCGCGUCGGACUUCUAAACGAACGCCUGGAUGUCAUUGCGGACCUGCUGGCGGUCCUCAAAGACCAGCUCAGCCACGGACACGGAGAGAAGCUGGAAUGGAUUGUAAUUGUACUCAUUGCGGCCGAGAUUGUCGUCGCAGCCAUCAAUAUCGUGGUUGACUUGUACGCAUCGGAUUAGUAACAUUUAUGACACGCAUACAAAGUAGGGAUUGGGAUUAUUUUUUUCUCUUUUUGCACAGCGGGUUCUUCACAGGCGAGGGAAAAAGCUCAGCAAUUGGGAAGGUAAUUCGCACAAAACAGGGCACACAGAACAUCCAUGAGCCCCGUCAAAGUGGUGCAAUAGAGAAUGGGCUUCACAGCGCAGAUCACGUAGCUGGAGAGUGAGGGUGCUAUCCUAGUCAGCAGCAGCAACAAACCACUCCGUUUCCGAGG